AUCUGAAGCAGGUGCAGUGAAGACUCCCGCAAGAUGGCGCAUGUGACGUCAUAGGCGCGCGCUGUUCAAGAUUGUUUACAACGGAUCCCAUUAAGCGUUUAUUGAGAUUCCAGGAAAGCUGUGAUCUGAAAACUGGGUUAAUUCACUUCCACAAGAGAAAGAAAUGUGACGGGCAAAAUCUUUACUUUAAAGUGUCUGGUACAGUGUAAAAAAACUGAGAGUUAUCAUAAAUUAUGCGUGUAGACAGGCUUAUUAAAACCAACAAACAAAGUAUGGUGCUGGCAUGAAAAAAAAACAAAAUGCCAUCAUGGAGAAGCAAGAAACACUUGAUGAUGUGUCUGAACAUUGUUAUCCUAAUUCUAUAAACAUGUAUUCAAAGAUUUCAGUAAGUGAAAUGAUAAGAAAAUGUGAAAGUGACACAUUAAUGGAGUAUGAUUCUGUAACAGAUACAGAUAGUUCUAUUAGUAGCAUUGAUGGUGAAGUACCUGAUGAAUUCAACAGUUCUCUGAAAACUUUGAUAAACUUGUCAGGGUGUUGUAUUGACGAUGAUACUGACAAUGAGGCAGGUGUCACAGAUGAACCUGCAAUCUUGGAAAGGUCUGUUGGUGCUAGUGAGCGCAAAACUUUGCAGAAACCAAAUCUGAAGAAGGUAGCAUGUCCAUUGGCAAGUAUGGAGUCGUUAACUGACCCUGUAAUAAAUCAUAAAGGUGGCUUUGAUAUUUCUGUUUGUAAAACAGACAAAACUGUUGAAGUAGUAAAUGAACUAGACAAAACUAAACCUGAUGCUCUAAUGGAGGAAAUUGAAACUCAAAAUUGUAGCAGACACCUGAUUUCUGGGCAGCAGUUGAUCACUGUGCAAAUGAAGACUGAGUUAACUGACAUCAGAGAGUGUUUUGAAGAUUCUCAAGAUAGUGCACUAAAAAACAAUUGUGAAAUACUAAUUGAAAAUGUAACAAAUAUUGAAAUAGAAAACCCUGUAAUUGAAAGAACUCUUUGUAUAGGCACAUCAUCACCAUCUGAAAGUGCAUCAGGUAAUGAAGAAACCAAACCUGAUCAUGUUGAUGAUGAACUCCAUCAAGUGAUGGAAACUGCAUUAAAUGCCUCUGUACCAAUAGUAAGCAGAAUUGUUAAAGACUAUCUGGCCAGUUGUGAAAUACUGGACAAGGUAGAGACUGAACUCAUGCUUGAAAAUGAUAUGGACACAGGUUCUGGUGAAAUAAUGAGUGACAAGAUUGUUGAUUCUGAGGUUUAUGCAUUUGCUGAACAUAAAAACAAUGACAUGACAGGGCAGUUUGGUAGCUCUUUUUCAGACUGCAUGGACAGAGAUAGGUAUUCAGUGUAUGGAAAAGAGAGAUCCAAAAGUCCAGUCACUACUAUGUGCACUGAAAAAUGUUCCAAAGCUGAAUUCAGGGAUGAUUUUCAAGAAGUAGAAAAUAGCAAUGAAGUGGACAAAAAUGUGAACGAUGUUUUGCAUGCUAACCACAUACAUUCUGAACCAUUAUGUUCAUCAACACCAGUCCAUGCAGGAAGAAUAAAGCGGGUAUUUGCUGGCAAGGACUUUGAGUGUUCUUCUGUAUUUAUAAAUCAGACGUCAAUAACUAUGUGCACUAUCAAUGGGAACCCUCUUCCAUUGUGCACUUCUACACCUUUAGUAAAAUCUAAUCAGGGUUUACAGCAAAGAGACAUAAACAUUCAUCAGAAUUGGGCUUGUGACAAAAAGAAGUCUGGUUGGAAGACAGAAAUGGCAAGAAAUGAAAAUAUAUACACCCAUAGCGAGGAACUUCGAGAAUUAAAAGACAAAGAAAAUGUUGGACUAGAAAGAAACAACAAGGAGAGGAAGUCAAAACGAGUAAGAAAUAAAAUCAAGGGGACAAGGAAAGAGAAAUUUAAAGAAUACAUGGGGCCAGGUUUGACUACGCAGUUUAAUACUCAGACAGAGAAUAAUGGAGACUUAACAACAUGCAUGUUAACAGAAUACAAGGGCUUUGGUCUUACAGGACCUUUACCAGUAGAUGAGUGUGUUUUUGGCAAAAAUCUUUACAAAGGACUGACUGAAAGAAACAUUAAUAGUAUGAAUGGUGAAAUAGCUGCUGAGAAUAAGAAAGAGACACUGCUAAAAACAAUGUCAAAUGUCGAUUUGAUGACACCAGCUGGUUUGGAAGGUUUUGCCAUGCCAAAGAUCGACACAAAUGCCAUAAGAGCAAAAUUCAAUGCAUUUCUUGGACCAAAACGUAUCAGAGCUGUGCAGAAACCUAGAGACAAUAACCUUGAUCCAUUGAAACAACAAAUACAUGCAUUGAAUAAACCUAAUUCUCAGGCAAUUAACACAGCUGGAAAGAAGUCUUGA